CGACCCGUUAGAUUAGAUUUUAGGGCUUAGGGAGGGUUUCUAUUUUUUUCCUGUCUUCUCCUUUCUGCCGAGUCCAUCCCUCUCCUUUUUUACUCUCCGACAUCCAUUUACUUGUCCACUUUCUCUGUUUUCCUCCCAUUCUUUUUUCCUCUAUAUGCUACUCAUUUCCAAGAUCUCGUCCUCUCUCUCUUAAGGUUUCAUUAAACAAAGAUGGUGACGCCAAAGCAACUCCUCUCCAUCAUCGAAUCCUCUGUCGUAAAUCCUUUUCCUCCAUCGCCGGCGCAGCGAAUCGAGCUCCUUCACGCCAUUCGAACCUUACUUCCCUCUCUCAAAUCUCUCCUCUCCUAUCCGCCCCCGAGACCCUCAGACCGGGCGCAGGUUCGGUCCAAAGAAUUGAGACUUCCGGAUUCUCCGCCAAUCUCGCUUGACGAUCAAGAUGUUCAAAUUGCAUUGAAAUUGAGUGAUGAGCUCUAUCUUAAUGAGAUAGACUGCGUUCAAUUGCUUGUUUCUGCCAACCAAGAGUGGGGCUUAGUUGGACGAGGACCACUAGAGAUUUUACGCCUUGCUGCGGGACUUUGGUAUUCUGAGAGGCGAGAUAUAGUGAUGGCUCUCUAUACACUUUUGAGGGCUGCUGUGAUUGAUCCGGGACUUGAAGCUGGUCUUGUGGCUGAUAUUCAAAAGUACCUGGAAGAUCUUAUCAAUGCUGGACUUAGACAGCGAUUGAUUUCUCUAAUAAAGGAACUCAAUCGGGAAGAACCAGCUGGUCUAGGUGGGCCUCUCUCUGAACAUUAUCUUCUUGAUUCUAGAGGUGCCCUUGUUGAGCGGCGAGCAGUGGUCUGUAGGGAACGGCUUUUACUUGGACAUUGCCUUGUCCUUUCAGUUCUAGUUGUGCGGACAGGUCCGAAAGACGUUAAGGAUGUCUUUUCUGUUUUAAAAGAUAGUGCUGCUGAACUUAGUGAGAGCAGUGACACCUUAAAACAUCAGAUUACACAUAGUCUUCUUUUCUUCCUUGUCAUUGCUUUCGUAUCAGAUGCUCUUAGUGCAUUAUCUGAUAAAUCAUCCAUCCUCUCUCAUGAUGCUUCUUUUAGAAAAGAAUUCCAAGAUACUGUGAUGGCUGUGGUAAAUGACCCAAAUUCUGAGGGCUUUGUUGGUGGCGUAAGGCUCGCUUGGGUUGUACAUUUGAUGUUAAUACAUGAUGAGAUUGGCCUUGGUGAGGCAGUAUCAACUGUGUCUUCAAAUGAAUUUGGUUACAUAAAUUUUUGCUUGGAAUCGGUUUUUGCCAAGAAUGUGUUCCACUUUUUGCUGGAAAAGGUUCUUCGAAGUGCAGCAUAUCAGAAUGAUGAUGAGGAUAUGGUAUAUAUGUAUAAUGCUUAUUUGCACAAGCUAAUUACCUGCUUUCUAUCUCACCCAGUUGCCCGAGAUAAGGUAAAAGAAUCUAAGGAGAAGGCUAUGAUCACACUUAAUACAUAUCGCAUGGCUGGAGAUUUUGUGCAUGAUAGCAGUAUGCAAGGUGAACAAGCUGCUGAAGGUGUUCCUUUACCUUUUGUGUCUCUCUUGGAGUUUGUGAGUGAAAUUUAUCAGAAGGAACCAGAGCUCUUGUCUGGCAAUGAUGUCUUGUGGACAUUUGUGAAUUUUGCUGGAGAGGAUCACACUAAUUUCCAAACUCUUGUGGCUUUCUUAAACAUGCUGAGUACCCUGGCUUCUAGUCAAGAAGGUGCUUCAAAGGUUUAUGAGUUACUCCAGGGUAAAGCAUUCCGCUCUAUAGGGUGGAGUACAUUAUUUAAUUGCCUUUCAAUUUAUGAUGAGAAGUAUAAACAGUCUCUUCAAACUGCUGGGGCCAUGUUACCUGAGUUCCAGGAGGGAGAUGCAAAGGCUCUUGUUGCAUAUUUGAAUGUUCUGCAGAAGGUUGUGCAAAAUGGCAAUCCUAUUGAAAGAAAGAAUUGGUUUCCAGAUAUUGAACCAUUAUUUAAGCUCCUUAGUUAUGAGAAUGUGCCGACAUAUCUCAAGGGUGCGUUGCGGAACACAAUCGCUACUUUUGUUCGUGUCUCUCCAGUCCUCAAAGAUACUAUUUGGACUUUUCUUGAGCAGUAUGAUCUACCAGUUGUUGUUGGGUCACAAGUUGGGAUUAGUGGCCAACCAAUGGCAGCCCAGGUUUAUGAUAUGCAAUUUGAGUUGAAUGAGAUAGAAGCAAGGAGGGAACAAUAUCCUUCGACUAUAUCUUUCCUUAAUCUACUAAAUGCUCUUAUUGCUGAAGAAAAAGAUGUAAGCGAUAGAGGGCGUAGAUUUUUUGGCAUCUUCAGGUUCAUAUAUGAUCAUGUUUUUGGGCCAUUCCCUCAAAGGGCCUAUGCUGAUCCUUCUGAGAAAUGGCAACUGGUUGUAGCUUGUCUUCAGCAUUUUCAUAUGAUUCUUAGGAUGUAUGAUAUUCAAGAACAAGAUCUUGAUAGUGUUAUUGACCGAUCACAACUUUCAGCAGUAACGCAACCAUCUUCACUUCAGAUGCAGCUACCUAUCUUAGAGUUGCUGAAAGAUUUCAUGAGUGGUAAAACUGUUUUCCGAAAUAUCAUGAGUAUCCUUAUGCCAGGGGUGAAUACAAUCAUUGCUGAAAGAAAUAGUCAAGUAUAUGGGCCACUUCUAGAGAAGGCUGUGCAGCUGUCAUUGGAAAUUGUAAUCCUUGUUUUGGAAAAGGAUAUACUUUUAGCUGAUUUCUGGCGUCCUCUAUACCAGCCUCUGGAUGUUGUACUCUCGCAAGAUCAUAAUCAAAUUGUUGCUUUAUUGGAGUAUGUCAGAUAUGAGUUUCUACCACAAAUUCAGCAAUCCUCUAUCAAAAUCAUGAGCAUUCUAAGUUCUCGCAUGGUUGGGCUGGUUCAGCUACUGCUGAAAUCCAAUGUUGCAACUUCAUUGGUUGAGGACUAUGCUUCUUGCCUUGAGUUUCGAUCACAAGAAUGUCAGGUUAUAGAGAACAGUCGUGAUGAUCCUGGAAUUCUGAUAAUGCAGCUCCUGAUUGAUAAUGUCAGUCGGCCCGCACCAAAUAUUACACAUUUACUGCUUAAGUUUGAUCUUGAUACCUCCAUUGAGCGGACACUUUUGCAGCCAAAAUUCCAUUUCAGCUGUUUGAAGGUUAUCCUUGAAAUCUUGGAGAACCUUUCAAAGCCAGAUGUAAAUGCAUGGCUUCAUGAAUUUGGUUUUCAGCUUCUUUACGAGUUGUGUUUGGAUCCAUUAACAUGCGGACCUACCCUGGAUCUUUUGAGUAACAAAAAAUACCAUUUCUUUGUAAAGCAUCUUGAUUCUGUAGGUGUUGCUCCACUUCCUAAACGAAAUAGCAACCAGGCACUUCGUAUCAGUUCUCUGCAUCAGAGAGCAUGGCUGUUGAAACUUUUAGCUGUUGAAUUACAUGCUGCUUACAUGAGUAGUCCCCAUCAUAGAGAGGCUUGUCAGAGUAUCCUUGCUCACCUUUUUGGGCAGGAUGUUGUUGAAACUGGCACUGAUGUAAUCACUCAGUCCUUAAUUCUGCAAAAUAACAAGGAACAUACUGCAACCAGAACCAUCAGUAAGACCAAGGUGUCAGAGUUGCUUGAAGUGGUUCAAUUCAGAUCUCCCGACACCACUAUGAAUCUUUCUCAAAUUAUUUCUAAUAUGAAAUAUAAUUUGCUGGUAGAGGACAUACUAAGAAAUCCAUCAACUUCUGGAAAGGGUGGCAUCUAUUACUACUCUGAACGUGGUGAUCGUCUAAUUGAUCUUGCUUCACUUCGCGAUAAACUUUGGCAGAAGUUCAACUCUGUUUAUCCUCAGUUGAGUAACUUUGGUAAUGAAGCCGAGCUGAAUGAGGUUAGAGAGACAAUUCAGCAGUUGUUGAGAUGGGGAUGGAGAUACAACAAAAACCUUGAGGAACAGGCUGCCCAACUUCAUAUGUUAACUGGUUGGUCACAUAUUGUGGAGGUUUCUGUAUCAAGAAGAAUCUCGUCGCUUGAAAAUCGAUCUGAAAUUUUAUAUCAGAUUCUUGAUGCAUGUCUUGGUGCUUCUGCCUCUCCAGACUGCUCAUUGAAAAUGGCGUUUAUAUUGAGCCAGGUUGCUCUUACAUGCAUGGCAAAACUACGAGAUGAUAGAUUCUUAUUCCCUGGUGGUUUUAGCUCAGAUAAUAUCACAUGUCUUGAUAUUAUCAUGGUGAAACAAUUAUCGAAUGGUGCUUGCCACUCACUACUGUUUAAGCUUAUCAUGACAAUUUUGAGAAAUGAAUCAUCAGAGGCGUUGAGGAGGCGUCAAUAUGCUUUGCUUCUGAGCUAUUUCCAGUAUUGUCAGCAUAUGCUUGUUCCUAAUGUGCCAACAUCAGUUCUUCAGCAGUUGCUGCUUGAUGAGCAAGAUGGUGAGGAGUUAGAUCUCCAGAAGAUUGACAAAGAACAGGCAGAACUAGCUCGUGCCAACUUUUCAGUCUUAAGGAAGGAGGCUCAAGCCAUCUUAGACUUGGUAAUAAAGGAUGCAACUCAUGGCAGUGAACCUGGCAAGACCAUAUCACUCUACGUUCUGGAUGCAGUAGUUUGUAUCGAUCAUCAGAGAUAUUUCUUAAGUCAACUUCAAAGUAGAGGAUUUUUGAGGUCUUGCUUAAUGAGUAUUAGUAGUUUUUCUUCUGCGGAUGGUGGUCAUUCACUUGACUCAAUGCAACGGGCUUGUACUCUUGAAGCUGAACUCGCUUUGCUUCUGAGAAUUUGCCACAAAUAUGGGAAGUCUGGGGCACAGGUUUUAUUUUCUAUGGGUGCUUUGGAGCAUAUUGCUUCAUGCAGGGCAGUUAACUUACAGGGAAGUUUGAGGGUUGAGACGAAGCUGAGGAGAGAUGUGGCUGUGGACGUUGACAAACAGCGAAUGAUUGUAACUCCUGUAUUGAGAGUGGUGUUCUCUUUGACAUCUUUGGUUGAUACAUCUGAGUUUUUUGAGGUGAAGAAUAAAAUUGUUCGUGAAGUCAUAGAUUUUGUGAAAGGACAUCAUUUGGUCUUUGAUCACAUUCUUCGGGAAGAUGUUUCUGGAGCUGAUGACUUGAUGAUGGAGCAGAUCAAUCUUGUUGUUGGUAUACUUAGCAAAGUUUGGCCUUAUGAAGAAAGUGGCGAGUAUGGUUUUGUUCAAGGGCUUUUUAGUAUGAUGCAUAUUCUUUUCUCUUGUGAUUCAGACAGACCCUUUCUUUCAAUCUCAACUAGAUCUCCUGAGAAUCAGAGGAAGUCAGAACUCAGUGUUUUUCAAUUAUGCUUUAGCCUGAGUUCUUAUCUCUACUUUUUGGUCACUAAGAAAUCCCUUAGACUGCAGGUUUCAGAUGACUCUCCUGAAUACCAUUCUCCUGUUAGCCUGCAGCAGCCAACACUUAAUUUACUUUGUUCGCUUCUUAAUGGUGUCAUAAAUUCCCUAGAAAGAGCAGCUGAUGAAAAAUCAUUACUUCUGAAUAAGAUUCGAGACAUAAAUGAACUAUCAAGACAGGAGGUGGAUGAAGUCAUAAAUAUGUGUAUUAGGCAAGAUUUGGUUUCGGCAUCUGAUGACAUACAAAAAAGGCGAUAUAUAGCAAUGGUUGAAAUGUGCCAAGUAGCUGGUAAUAGGGAUCAGCUAAUUUCUCUGUUACUUCCUCUUGUGGAGCAUGUAUUGAAUGUCAUCAUAAUCCAUUUUCAGGAUAGCUCUGGUGUAUUCAAUACGAAUGGAAGCAUGAAAACCAUUACAUAUGGUGCCGAGCCUGACUCUGGGCAAGAGAUUUCUUUGCUGUGCGGAAAGCUAAUUCCACUUUUAGAACGACUCGAGUUAUUAAGUGAGGAAAAAGUAGGUCACAACCUUAAGGUCUUCCGCAGAUCAGUUGCUUCACUGAAAGAAAUGGCGAUACAAAAGUUUGCUGGAUAAUGGUUUAAUGAGCGAGGAUAUUUCGAAAGGCGGUAAUCGAAAUUAUUCACAUUACCAGUCACUACCCCCUGUUUGUAAAUUAAGAAUGUAACAACAAUUCGUGCAUUUGACGCUUUCUAUUAUUAUUAUUAUUAUUGUUGUUGUUAUUAUUAUUUUAUUUUUUUAAAAAUUUCUUUAGCGUAUUGGGGAAGAAUACAAUAUUAAUGUAGGUGUUGAAACUAAUUUCAUGUUGUCUGUUGAGGUAUAAGUUUAAGCCCAAGCAGCCAUUUAAUUUGAACAAA